AUGAACAGUAUCUACGACAUAAAUUCCCGUGACAUUGAGCAGGGUCAUGGUGCUAAGUCAAUUAUGCUGCAUACCGACUCCGUUGAUACUGAGGGUAGCAGUCAAACGGCGCGGGACAUUACUGGUGAAUUUGAAGUGCUAGAGGAGAGGAUGUACAGAUCCAUUGCAUUUAGGAUAUGGAUGAGGGAAGUGAAUCUCAGAUUUGUACAAGAAAUUGAAAGCAUAAAUACGCAAUUGCUCUCUGCUCCAUUCCUUUACAACUAA